UUAUGAUUGGUGGUUUUGGUUCGUGGUUAUCAAAGGCAAGUUUAAGCUAUCAGAAAUGUCUUCUAGAGCUAAGAGAAUUGCCCAAAUGGGGAAAGUUGCCUUUGAGAAAAUGCAGGAGAUGGAGAAAAAAAAGUUAACGAGCAUCAGAAAGAAGCACAAAUAUUCCGGAAAUAUCGAAGAACCUUCUGGAACCGCGCUUGUACCAGAAUCAAAUUCAAAUUCAUCGGAAUGUAUGCCUAAUAGAGAAAUUUUUUCCGAUAAUGAAUGCUUAAACGGGAAUGAAAAUGAUAUGAUAGAACAUCAGGAAGAAGGACAAGAAGUAGGCAUAGAAAAUGUCGAGAAUGUCGAACAACAUCCUGGGACAGUAGUAGGCCAUAAUAAUACUGUUCAAGAAGAACAACCAGCAAUAACAUCCCAAAAUAUAAAUAGAAAAAGAGCCAGAACCGAAACGGAGAAACAGAAUAAUGCCAGAAAUAAGCAUCCAUUUAUAAACGAAGUGUGCAAUUAUUUUAAAGAAAAUAAUGAUAUGAAUGUAUCUUACGAGAAAUAUAGACAGGUUGUUGAUAAUUUAAAUAUUGGAUUUUAUGACCUGGAAGCGGACAAAUGCGGGUUUUGCAUAGAGAUGGAUAUGAAUCCUACAGAAGAUAAUUUAAAAUUAAAAGAAGCUCAUUUACAAUCGGUUGAAAAAGUACGGUCCCAGUAUAGAAGAGACGGCGAAUUAUCAGCUCAGUUGAAUCUUCUCCGAGUCUACGCUGCUGAUCUCCAGAAGGUUUUUCUCUUACCAAGAAUGCUAAAAGUGAAGGAUUCCUUUUUCACAUCCCAUCUUGUGUUGUUUAACGAAACAUUUGGUGCUAUGGCAAAAAAAUAUGAACAUUUUUGUAUACUGUGGCACGAAGCAAUAGCGGGCAGACGGGCUGAAGAUAUAGCGUCCUCGUUUUUGAAAUUCUUGGAAUGUAACAGAGAUGCGGAACACAUUAUACUUUGGUUAGAUAAUUUUAGUGGUCAAAAUAAGAAUAACAUAUUAAUUUCUGCUAUAUUGUCUUACAUAAAUUCUUCCUUAUGUACCACGAAAACUAUCACGUUGAAAUAUCUAAUAUCAGUACACACUUAUAUGGCUGCCGAUAGAUUACUCGGGAAAAUAGAACAAGCUGUUAGGAAAAUGGGAAAUGUGGAAGAUUUCAUGGAUUUUAAAGAGUGUUGCAAAAAAGCUUCAGCCCGCAUGAAUGUUUUAGAAAUGCAAUAUAAUGACUUUUUAAAGCUUGAAAAUAAGUUAAAAACUUUCAGCCGAAAAAAAAAAUUGGAACAAGAAGUCACUGACCAGUUACCAUAUUUUAAAGAUAUUGUAGCUAUGAAAUUUAUAAAGGGAUCAGAAUGCUUAUACGUAAAAACCAACUACGAUGAAGAUGACUACAGUUGCCGUAGCAACAUAUUAAAGAAAAAUAUCUCUUUAGUAUUACCGCAGCAUAUUCAAGAAGCAAGAGGCAUUUCCACUGCAAAAAAAGAAACGAUAGUGAAGAGAUUAGUUUCUAAAAUGACAGAAACUAGAAGGCAGUUCUGGUUAAAUCUUCCUGAAAACAAUAACGCCGGUGACGUUUUGAAUGAUGGCAUUUGA